AUGGGAUUAUCGACCGUUGCCGAAAAACGAAGGCGUCUCCUAGCAACCGAGCUUAACCCUUCAGAUGCCGCGAGGCGCUUACUUUGCGGCGAGGGACGCCACGGGGGACAAAACCCCCGUUUUUCGGCAUUGAUCCGGACCUUACCGCGCCUGCGUGCUGAACGAAAAACGAACCAGGAAAAGCAAGGUCACGGGACUACAGAUGUCCGUUAUUUUCUCAUGGAUCUUCAUUUGCAUAGAGCGAAUUCUAAAGUAACUGGAUUUGAUACACUUUUGCGGCCAAAUAGCUAUGAGCAACAAUGUGAUAAUCCCGUAAGUAUUCUAUUUGAAACUACCGGACCCGAUAGACUCUGCCCUGUACUCACACAAAUAAGUCGGGAAAGAUUCGAUGGUCUUGGACGUGGAAUUGCUAAUGAUAAUAACGGCACGUUCGUAAACGAACGUUCCAGCGUUUUGAACGCCCGUUUGGUGAUUCAGCACCCACGUAGCGAAGAUCAUUAUCUGGCGUGGAAAGUUAGAGGAAUCCAGUUAGCCCCACCCUCCUCCCUAACUUGUUAUAACCAGUUUAGCCUCAGCUCACGAAACCACCGGCUAUACAAAACCAACUUCCUCUUGACCUUACAGAGACUCAAACUAUAA